ACCGACCUUCCGAGCGGCAGAGGCUCUGGUCCGAGACCCCGUGUACGCGCCUAGAGUUCCCGGUCGCUGAGCAGUUGCGCGCGGAUUUCCACAGCCCCGGUACCGGUCCGCGAAUGCCUGGCAGCCGCGCGCCAUCUUCGCCCAGCGCCAUGGCCGCGGCCGGUGGCCCCGGAGUGGACAGGCGCUGCCUUCUUCUCGGCCUCCUUUUGCUUCUGAUCGCAGGCCCUGUCCUGGGCUGGAACGACCCUGACAGAAUAUUGUUGCGAGAUAUCAAAGCUCUUACCCUCCACUAUGACCGCUAUACCACCUCCCGUCGGCUGGGUCCUAUCCCACAGUUGAGAUGUGUUGGAGGCACAGCUGGAUGUGAUUCUUAUACCCCAAAAGUUAUACAGUGCCAGAACAAAGGCUGGGAUGGUUACGAUGUACAGUGGGAAUGUAAGACUGAUUUGGAUGUUGCGUACAAAUUUGGAAAAACUGUGGUGAGCUGUGAAGGCUAUGAAUCCUCUGAAGACCAGUAUGUACUAAGAGGUUCCUGUGGCUUGGAGUAUGACUUAGAUUACACGGAUCUUGGUCUGAAGAAAAUGAGAGAGUCUGGAAAACAUGGAUUUAACUCUUUCUCUGAUUAUUAUAAAAAUAAUUCCGGUGGCAUGAGUGGACUGGUUACCAUCGUGGUGUUACUUGCUAUUGCCUUUGGAGUAUAUAAGUUGUUCCUUAGCGGUGGUCAAGAUUCUCCUCCACCAUAUUCUGAGUAUCCUCCAUAUUCUCACCAUUACCAGGGAUUCACCAACUCGGCAGGACCCCCUCCUCCAGGCUUUAAGCCAGGGUUCUCAGGAGCACAUGGCGCAACUCCUGGUUUUGGCAGUGCUUUCACAGGACAGCAAGGACAUGAAAAUUCAGGACCAGGUUUCUGGACUGGCUUGGGAACUGGAGGAAUAUUAGGAUAUUUGUUUGGCAGCAAUAGAGCAGCAACACCCUUCUCAGACUCAUGGUACCACUCACCUUACCCCUCAUACUCACCAUUUCGUGGAGGCUCCAAUAGCUAUUCGGCAUGUCCUGGUUCAGAGACAAAAACCAGAACAGCAUCAGGAUAUGGUGGCACCAGAAGACGAUAAGAAAGUAAAAAGUUGAAGUCAAACAUUGGAUGCGAAAUUUCUGAUUUUUCAUCAUUUUCUCUUAAAAAAAAAAAGUGCUCUCAGUUGACAGCUGGGGAAAGGGAGUAUUAAAAAUUCUGUGGUGUUUUGUCUUUAUAGCUGUUUGUAUUUUAUCAUUUAAUAAAACUAAGAGUUGAUAAUAUGACAAAAUACUUACGCAGAAAAUUGUUAGUGUAACAUGCAGAUGUUUUUGAAAGUGAUGAUUACUAUAGAAUGCUGAAAAUGUAUUGUUUAAUUUCUAAAACCUGUGAUGCCAUGAGAAGCAUUAGGAAUGAAGGCUUUAUACCAAUAGACACUGAGUAUAUAAAAUUUCAGUCUGGUUUUCGUUCAUGAGCCUCAUAGAAACGGUAAUAUAUUUGUUGUUCAGUAUUUGGUGUUUGUUAUACUUCAAACAUUUAAACCGAGCUUUGAACUACUAAUUAUACUGACCUGUGGAUUUGAUCACUUUGAGCUCAGGAGCUUUGAAUCCUUCUGUGGUGGUGGGGUUCCUCUUUAAGGAAAAGGUUGAAGAAAGAAGUAUCUAGAAGGUUGUUAUGAAUGAUUGUGUGCUGACAAAAAUUCUUGAAAUCUCCUUAUUUAUUUCUUAAGAGGUGAGGUUCAGAUGCUUCAACAAAGGUCUUUAUAGCAAAAGCAUGCAUUUCUCUGUGGAACCUCAAUAUUGUUGUAGCAGCCUGUUUCAGUCUUACAUUAAAGUGACAGAAAAGACAAAAA